UCUGGUAAUAGGGUAUGUGCAAAUAUGAAUAACGGACAUAUUAAUUUAAUAAUAUUAUUAUUCGUCUCGGCAAUUAACAAUUACUAUCUAUCAAGCUGAUCCCAUUCCUUGUUUUAUCCCACUUUAGUAAAUCUACUCUGCUCAAGUGCAUCAACCAGACCAUUUCUAUGGAUGAAGGUCAGGUUUGGCUGAAUGACAAAACUCCGGAUCAAUGGGCAUCCCAACAUGGCGAAGUUUAGUCAUGUAUAUCCCUCAACGCACCGCUGUCAUGGAAGGAACGCCUCUCGAUUUCGUAGAAGUGAUUCGAAAGUUCCAAACUCACAAAAAUAACACCGAUUAUUACGAUGACCCCGUCCAAGUUGCACUAGACUGGGGUGUUCGACCCGAUCUCUGGCAUAGCAAGUGGAAUACUCUCUCUGGAGGAGAGAUACAACGAAUCGCUCUCGCUAUCGGAUGCUCUUUCCGUCCAGAAGUCCUGCUUCUUGAUGAACCCACAUCAGCGUUGGAUGAAGAAAGUUGUGACAAGGUCGAGGAGACCCUUCGAGGACUCAACUGUAUCUGGGUCACUCAUAAUCCUCACCAAGCCAAGCGUAUCUCUAGCGCAGGAACAUUGCAAAUGCGUGAAGGCGAUAACAGCGAACCUGGCAGCCCUUUGAGCGUAACUAUAGAGAGCAAUCGUGAUCAUGGGGAUGGACACGUUAAACCAAAUGGAAGCAAGCAUAACAAGGCCUCAGGCCAUUCAAAAUCUUCCUCAAAUGCUUCUUCCUCAAGCUCUUCUUCCUCCAAGACCGCUGGUGCCCAUUAAUAGUAUUUUUGCCGGUGACUCUACAUUUUAACAUAGGA